UCCACUCGGUUCCAAACAAGAAAUACAGCCAGUCGGCUCAGAAGGUGUUCGGCGGCGGACGAGUGCGCUUUAACCCGGUGAAUAGAACGCUGGAAACACAUUGAUCUCAACGGUGCUCGUUGUUGUUGGCCAGUCGGUCGUCACGUAUACGUACAGUCGGUUCGAGAGUAUAUUUAAAAACAACGACACUGCCAUGGCGAAUGUGUAAUUAAAAAACUUAGCAAACUAAUUAAUCUAAACGAAAGUAAGCCAAAUUUAACGACAACGAAAGUGAUAAGAAAACGAUGCACAAAUGAAGUUGCAACGACACAGAACGAACUGCCACAAAUCGGCGAGCCAGCCAGGGGGAAACAAAAACAAACCCUGCGGGGCUCCGAAAUGGGGCAGCAUAUGUUUGUGGGUGCUCCUGGCGCUGGUUUCCUCGACCCACUUGGCUCAGGCGCAGGAGCCAAGCCAGCAACAAGGACAGCCCCAGGCGGACUUGGAGGAGGUGGAGCUACUGCAGGACAAUGAUAUCGAGUUCGCCAGUCUCGACGGCGCCACCCAGCUCCUGCCAGCGACUCGGCAUUCCGGCGGGGACGUCACUCCGGCGCCAACGACUUCGGCUCCCCCAAUGACGUCAUCCUCGUACACGGAACUGCAGGGCGGCGAAAUCCUGAGCGAGCGAAUCCUGCGGCGCAGCGAGAGCCCGUACUUGGCCCGCGAGGACCUGGAGGUGGUGCGGGGUGCGAAGCUCACCAUAGAGCCGGGAGUCACGGUUGAGUUCGCCCCCACCAAAGGACUCAAAAUCAACGGCGUCCUGCAGGCGGUGGGUACUCCCACCGCGAGAAUCGUGCUCAGGUCGCAGAGCAACACGGCCAACUACAAACUGGAGCUCCCCGACGACCAGGAGAAGGGCAUUCGACUGGUGGAUGGCCCCACGCCGGUGGAGGGCAGACUGCAGCUCUUCCACAAGGGAGCGUGGCGGUCGGUGUGCUCCAAUUCCAGGAACUGGACUCUGGCGGACUACGGAGUGGCCUGCAGGCAGCUCGGCUUCCGGGGAGGCAGGUUCUGGAACUGGGUGGAGCGAACGCCCGGAUACUACCCCAGAGUGCUGUACGAGCAGCCCAAGUGCCGGGGCGGAGAGAGCAACCUGCGCGACUGCGCCUGGACAUCCCGGCAGAUGGGAGCCGGGGCCUGCGACUACCACAACGACCUGGGCAUCCAGUGUCUGCCAGUGCACUCCGAGCCCCUGGGCCACUGGCGCGGCAUCUACUUCGACAACGCUCCCUCCACGAAGGCCCUGGGCAGGGACAACACUGUCUACUCCGCCCGAUCCGAGUCCCGUCUGAAGUACGUGGACAUCAUCCGGGCAGGGAACGGCGAGGGCUUCGCGGCAAAGUCUGCAGUGGAGGUCCAGGGGCUGCCGCCCCAGAUGGAGCACGUGGUGAUCAGCCACUCGGCCUACACGGGCUUCAACAGCACUCGACCAUGGGCAGGAUUCCAGCUGCAAAACGUGACUGUGAGGAAGUGCAACGGCAUCGGCGUGUUUGUGAACUCCAGCCAGGGACUGGUCCACCUCGACGGCUGCUCCAUAGUGGACAACGCGGGCGACGGGGUCAAGUACGUGGGCCACGACCUGCGGGGCACAGAGCGGAAGGAUCGGGCCAGCAUAUACGACUUCUGCACGCUGCCGACCACGUCCGGACAGACGUACCCCAUCUCGCUGUCCUUCACCCAGAAAUACUAUGCUGGAUCGGCCAAGGAGUGCGGCAAGUACUUCUUCACGCGACCCGGAUACCUGCUGACCCUGCACUUCGAGCACUUUGUCCUGAUGCAGAACGAGACCGCCGUGGUGGAGAUCUUCGAUGGCGCCUCCACGAGCGACCGGCUGCUGUUCGAGUGGAAGGCGAGGAACUUCACGCGACCCCAGAGCGUGACCUCGACGCGGGAGAAGAUGUUCGUAAGAAUACGGGCCGACGCCCGGCAGGAGGUGAACGGCUACUUCAGGGUCACCUCCGGCGACUCCGUGGCCUACGAUCUGCGAGUGGCCCAGUCCACCGUGGAGGACAACGGCGGUCGGGGAGUGGCCAUCGAUAACAUUCGGUCGAAGAUCCACGUGCACGGCAGUUCGGUGUCCGGGAACGGGCACGUGGCGGGCGUUCACGUGACCAGCGGGGCGGGAGACGUCAACAUCACCAGCUCCAACAUAAGCUUCAACAACGGCGCGGGAGUCAACAUCACCUACUACGGCGGGAAUCGCAACAUAUCCCGCUCGGCAGUGACCUCCAACAAGGGAUUCGGUGUGGCCACCUGGCUGAACCACACCACGGAUGUCGACCGGGUGGAGUACAUCCCCUUCAACCAGACCAGCGUGGUGGAGUACUCGCAGAUCGGCGGAAACCUGGAGACCGGCAUCUUCCACGGGAACUUCUGCCGGCCCAUCUGGGUGAACAUCACCGGGAACAGCUUCAACGGCAGCCAGCAGAGCGACGUCUUCAUCGAGUCCUGCUACCAGGCCACCGCCAACGGGCAGCCCAACAUGCAGCUCCAGCUGGGGCACAACCAGUUCAAGUACUCGCAGGCCAACUCCAUCUUCCUCAGCCCGGCCCUGAACCUGGUGGGCAGGAUCGAGUACAACAUGUUCCGGUUCGGCUCCUACGGGUGUCUGUUCGUGAACAACGACUACAUAUACCCGGAGUUCAACUACUUCCCCGUCAAGCUCACAAUCCAGAGCAACUACUUCAUGCGGAACAGCGGCGUGCACGUGGUCUCCCUCGGCCUGUCGCCCUACAGUCGCUCCGAGGUGCAGUACAUCCUGUUCACUCGGAAUUUCGUGCGGGGAAACAACAUCACCGAGACCUUCGGGCCCCUGGUAGCGGGAUCCGAGGGCAGUGACGGGGCUGGACGGCUGAAUCCCCGCUCCAGAGUGGCCGCCCCGGUGGUGGUGGGCUCCAGCAACAUAGACGUCUUCCGCAACAUCCUGCACAACCUGGACUCCAUGUACGAGAUCGGCUCGCAGCUGACCGAUCAGAGCCAGAUCAUAAACGCCACUUGCAACUGGCUCGGCCACACGGACGAGAGCAAGAUCUAUGCUCGGCUGUUCCACCGCAACGACCGCUACAACCUGGCCAAGAUCAACUACAUUCCCUACCUGCUGCACAGCUCCAACCCCGGCUCCACCGCCAUGAUCACGGUCUCCACGGUGGUGCCCCGCUUCUUCCACGAGGGCAGCGACGUCAUAGGCGGCGAGGUCGACGGCCAGGACAUGGUUCCGGCGGGCACCUACACGGUCACGAAGGACAUCAACAUCCGGCCGGGCGGCAAGCUGAUCCUACAGCCCGGAACCACCCUCAGGUUCGAGCCCAGCGUGGGCAUGAUGGUGGCCGGUAAGCUAGAGGCUCGAGGGCGAAGACCCGACGACAUCCUCUUCACCCUUAAGCGUGAGACGAUCAUAGUGAACGACACCGAGACCGUGGACCUGGACAGCGAGACGGAGGCUCUGGAUAUGGAGACGGAGAUGGUGCCCUCGGAUGGAGGGAUUCCUAGCGUGCCAGUGCGCUUGGUGGGCGGCACCGGGGCGAACGAAGGAAGGCUCCAGGUCUACGUAAAGGGACGGUGGGGCACCGUCUGCGACUACGGGUGGAACGUGCUGAACGCCGCUUUGGUGUGCCACCAGCUGGGCUACUCGCUCAACCCGCAGGACUGGCGACUCCUCCGUUCCCAGCUGCCGAAUGCCGGCACCUCCGAGGACGUGCUGCUGGCCAACGUGCGGUGCACUUUGCAGGACCGGGACGUCACCAAGUGCCGGGCAGAGUAUGAGUUCGAGAACACCUGCAGCCACGAGAACGAUGUGGGCAUCCGUUGCUACGAGGGGGCGUGGGCUGGUGUGCGGUUCAGUAUGCUGGCCGAGCGGGCGGACCUCCAGUACGUGACCGUGGAGAAGGCGGGCCUCUUCGACUACACCACGAAUGCCUUCAAGCCCGCCGUGCAGAUGGAUCAUGCCCGUCACAACCUGGAGAACGUGCGGGUGGUGAACAACCUGCAGGACGGCCUGGGGAUUGUCUACUCGGACAUCUACGCCGGCAAGUCGGUGAACAACAUUAAGAACUCGGAGUUCUCCGGCAACCGUGGCAGCGGCAUCAGCCUGAAGCAGCUGGACUUCCGCAUCUCUGGCUCCAUCAUCAAGGACAACAAGGGCAGCGGCAUCUCCCACGACGCCGUGGUGGCUGCUUUGGACCAGAAGGAGAUCGGCGGCUGGUUCAACAUGGCCCGCGACUUCAACGCCUACGAGACCGACUACGACCCGUAUGUGUUGCCCCACGAGAUCAGUAACAUCGACCUGGGCACCUUCGAGCACAAGUACAUACGGACGGAGGAGCUCCUCGGGCAGAACAUCAACAGGAAAAUAAUAGUGCAGUGCCCCGCCGGCUACGUGAUCGGCAUCCAGCUGCUGAACCCCAUCCACAACCUCUCCACGGAGAGCAUCAGCAUCCUGAACGCCAGGACGGAGAACAUCCGCAGCGACCUGUGGCAGGUGAAGCGCGACCUGAACGUCUUCCCCGCCACGAGCAGCAGCUACGGCAUCAUCAUAUACUACGAGAGCGGGCUGCAGGCCCUCGGAGGAGCCGUCCUGAUGUUGAGCACGGUCACGGCCCCCGUGCAGAACAUCCGAAACCGCAUCGUGAGCGGACCAGUGCCCACCCUCACCAUCCGCUCGACCAAGAUCCAGAAGAACCUGAGGGGCAUCACUGGCAUCUACUACAACCGGUACAUCGGCGACAACGGGGAGUACUACCUGCGGAAGGCCAACGAGUCCAUCAAGCUCAUCAACUCCGAGCUGAGCUUCAACGAGCGGGAGGCCAUCCUCAUCAGGUCGCCCUACUGGGAUGUGAUCUCCAGCAACAUUUCGGAGGUCACCAUCCAUGUGAACAGCUCGCUGAUCAGCCAGAACGGGCACGGUAUCCGCCAAAUGUCGAAGGAUCUCCGCUCCUCGAACAACCUGUUCCACUACGUGAUCCAGGACUCCACAGUGGAGCAAAACUCCCACGGAGGUUUCCAGGUGUCCCUUCCAUACGUCUGGCAGUACAACGAAAACUUCACCCACUCGAUUUACUUCGGCAACAGCACCUGGCAGAGGAACCGCGACUUCCGCAUCUCAGUACAUGGCCACUACACGGUGUUCAACAUAACCUCGAACGUGUUCCGGGAAAACAACUGUCCUGGAGCCCUGGUGGCGCUCGACGGAAUGGAGAAGCGCCUCCGCUUCGACAACAACCGCUUCGAGGCGAACAACGCCAAGAUCGUGCUGCUCUUCAAGGCAGACUCCCUGAGCGAGAUCAUCGGACAGGUGCCGGCCAGCAUCGAGUUCAACAGCUUCAAGGGGAACAGCAUCGUGACCCUGGCGGCGGACUACCGACUUCCCUACAUGAAGGCGGCCCGCAGGAUAAGGAAGCAGCACAAAAUGCCCACCGCCGUCAUCCGGCUGGAUGGCGUCCAGAAUGUGAAACUUUAUCGGAACCUCCUGGCCGACAACGAAAUGGACUACAACCUGGUGGCCGGCGUGAGGUCGGCCAGGCUGAACAACUACUUCGAGGCCAGGGAGAAUUGGUGGGGCACCAGGGACACCGGCCUCAUCGAGGCCAAGAUCUUCGACUUUGACAACUGGAACGACCACGCGGACGUGAUCUACCAGCCCUUCCUGAUCGAGGACAGCUACGACGCCAGUGUCUCCGUGGUGGUGCCCUUCAACCAGGACCAGGAGGUAGACCUGGCCACCUACCGAGGUGGCAGAGUGUACAAGGACCUGAUCCUGCGUAAGCAGGACAGCCCCUACUACAUAUCCUCCGACAUCACUGUGAUGCCCGGCAAGACUCUGACCAUCAACCACGGCGUGACCAUGGAGUUUGAGCCCAACGUGGGCAUCCUCGUCCUGGGUACCCUGGUCGCCGUAGGCUACAGCGAGUCGCCUAUCGUGAUGAGGCCGUUCAAGAACGCCACACGGGAGUCCUUGAUAGACGCGCAGCCGCGGAAGCGGGCAAUCGAGGACAUGAGUGCUCCCCUGACGGAGUUCGACUCCAUCCGACUCUGCACGGGGGCCAACAACUGCACGGGAGACGCGGACGCGCUCUACGGACUAAACGAGGGCUUCCUGGAGUACUUCAACCACACCACCCUGCAGUGGGUGCCCAUUUGCGACGGGAGGUUCACGGAGCGGAACGCACAGGUUGUGUGCCGGGAGCUGGGCUACGACCCCCUGAACGUCUAUUACGGACACGACCGGCGCAUCGAGUUCCACACAAACUCCUUGACGCGCAUCUGGUCGUGGGUGCAGCCCCUGGAGUGCCGCGGCGACGAGGAGCGAAUGGAGGACUGCGCCGAGCGCCUGAACGGGCAGCUGUACGGACACCGGCACGAGUGCAGGUGGGACGACGUUUUCGUCUUCGUGUCCUGCAACGGCGUGGCCGACGACGAGGUCUACUGGGGCGGCAUCCGGUUCGCCAACUCCAAGUUCGAGGAGAUCCAGUACGAGCACCGGCUGCACAACUCCCGAUCCAACGCCAGACUGCCGCUCCGGGAGAGCCAGCUGGAGUUCGUCCGCAUCGAGCAGGCCGGCAUCCUGCACAACCACAAGUCGGCCGCCAUCCAGGCGGUGCACAAGAACCCCUCCAUCACCUCGGUGACCAUCGAGAACUCGGCCAACCACGGCGUGAACCUGAUCGCUCCCAGCGGCAAGCUCAACCUGAACCACCUGAACAUCAACAAGACGCUGGGCACGGGGAUCAGCAUCGUGUCUCUGACGGGCGAGGGUCGGGACAGCGACGAGUCCAGCUUCUCGCCCCUGAAGAAACUGGAUCUGCCGUACAAGCUCUUCUCCCUGGUGGACAUCUGCGAUCCCCAGAAGGUGCUGACCAUCGAGGAGCGCAUGCUGAUCUACUACAAGUACGACAACAACCCGGUGAACUGCGUCAAGAUCUUCACCUCGGCCUUCCGGGCCAAGCCCAUUGGCUUCCGGCUCCUGCAGUCGAAUCUGUUCAACCACUCCAAGCUCUACGGGCGCACGGACUUCAUCAAGCUCUUCGACGGCGACAUCUACAACGUGACUGCCACCUACCUGGGAAAGAUCGAGUCCGAUACUGACAACCAGCGGUCGUUCUUCAAGACGAAGGGCCCGACGAUGAGCCUCCAGCUGGUCGCCAGCGGGGCGCCAGAGACCCACGGAUUUAUAGCCGAGGUGGUAACAGUUCCCAUCUCCACAUUAGGCCAAUAUCGCGAUGCCCUUCACAACAUUACGGACACUCAUAUCGCGGGUGCCAUGAAGGGAGCGGUCAGCUACGCUUCCGCCGGAGAGGUCACGCCCACGCUGACCUUGAUCGGGAACCGCAUCGAACGCAACUGCAAGCAGCUUUACGGAAACUUUUCCACCUGCGCCUCGGCUCUGAAUUUGGACGUGCAGAACAUGAAUUCGAUGUACUUUAUGAACAACCUCCUCAUGGAAAACCAAGGAGGCCUGCGCGUUCGAGCUGAUUCCCGAGGAUCGGCCACCUCCUUGCGGGGCUUCGUACACCACAACCUCUUCAUGAGGAACCGCAACCGUCCCGCCCUCUACGUGGAGGGUCGUCAGUCGUCGCCCUACCAGGAGGUAGAGCUCUACCGCAACUACUUCGCCCAGAACAUGGCCGGCUACGAGGACGUGAUCCGUCUGUGCCAGGUGGUGUCCAACUUCAGCUUCAACUACGUGCACAGCAACGUGGGCGGCAGGAUCAUGGAGGUGUCUGGCUUCGAGAAAGUGAGGCUCCAGAUCUACCAGACCACGGCUCAUAACGGGUUCUACAGGAACUUUGCCACGAAUUGGAUGUCCAGAGCCACCAUUGUGGCGGGAACUGCGGGGCAGCAAUACGUGGACAACAUCUUCGAGAACUACGAGAACGAUUACGAGCUGCUGACAGUCAACAAUUCAAUUUUGAGUUUUGACUAUGAAAACAGGACAUUUGAAACCUGGAGCUCCAAGAUCGACGCCCGCCACAACUAUUGGAGCUACAACAACACCAUUUCAGUCCAGUCUCGUAUCAAGGAUAAAUCAGAUGAUCCUAUGUUGCUGGAGGUCCUGGCCGUGCCCUUCCAAAUGAACAACGAAACCAUCCUGGACGGAAAGUGUCCACCCGGCUGGGCUCUCGUACACGACACCUGUUUCAUCUACGUGGGUGCUCCGAUGACCUUCCACGAGGCCCGCGACUUCUGUCGCUCCGAGAACUCCACCAUGCCGUUCCUGCGGACAGACAAGACCACGCUGUGGAGGUACCUGCAGAGCCAGAUGAGGCACUUGAAGUACCCGGAGAAGGUGUGGAUCCAGGACUACAACCACAUCGAGCGGUGCACGAGCUUUGUUUUCGGAGAGAUUGAAAUAGAGGACUGCGGCAAGGAGCGGGGAUUCAUUUGCGAGAUGGAUCCGAGGGUCAUUAUCGAUCCCCUCUCCUGGCGGGCAGACAUCUUUGCCAUCAGUAUUAUUUCAGCCUUCGUCCUGGCCAUCAUCCUCCUGAUCCUGGUGGCCUUCUGCUGGUUCGCCAAGUCCAAGCACCGGCACGUCCAGCGCCUCCAGCGGCGGAACAGCAUCCGCCAGAGCCUUCGCAGCCUGAACAGCAUAGAUCCCCAGGGAUCUCUGCGCCGCAGACCCAAUUAUAACAUGUCCAGCAACGGAACCCUCUCCAAGGCCCAGGACUACAAGCAGAUGGUGGCCAACGGCUCCAUCGAUUCCAUGGACAAGAGCGUCCUCAGCUCGGAGGCGGGCAGCUUCGAGGGCUACGAGCAGAAGCCCAACUACAACGAGUACGUGAACCAGAACGCCCUGAGGCCGGCCCAACAGGGCCAACAGGGACACAAGGUAGCCACCAUCUCCAAGGCCAGUGGCCACCGGGCGCGAGCUGCAGCGGCUGCGGCGGCCCUGGAGCCGGACGCCUUCGAGCUGAGCUACCGAAACGAGGGCUUCAGGGACAACUCCACCUAUGGCGGGGGCACGCGGGCCAACUCCAUAAGCACCAGUGUGGCCGAGGACACGCCCAUCAUACAUCACACGGACCAGGAGGUGGACGAGGGAGGCUCAGACUACUACGGGAACGCCAGCACGCUGCCACUCCGCACGGAUCUUGGCGGAGGUGGUGCCCAGGGCGGCGGUAGGCGUGGUCAGCCAGGACUGGCCUUCCUCAGCGAGCUCAAGCAGAACCUGCCGGAGUAUCAGAGGAGCUCCCACAGCAGCUUCAUGCCGCAGAGGAGCAGCGGCGAAUCCCUGCCCUUCGAUCAAAAGCUGGACCAGUUCAACUACUCCACGGAGUCGUCGCUCUACCGUCCGGCACCAUCCGUGCCCAGUCAGCAGCCGCAGGGCUCUCCGGCAGACAUGCGGCGGCCGGACUCGUACUACACUGCCGUGAGGAGCAGCAAGGCUCCUUCCUCCCACUACCGGACACCUAGACCGCUGGCUCAGCCCCCGGCAGCUCCGGCUGCCCCCCAGGUGGCGCAUCAGUCACGUCCCAAGACCGUCUACCAAACAGCCUCAGAGGAGUCCUCGCCCACGACCCCGUCCCCGUUGAACAACCCGUACCAUCGCUCCAAGUCUGAGGCGUUGUUGGAGACCGACUUCGACGGCGAUGGUGAGGGACUGCAGCCGCUCCAGACAAACGGGCGAAGCCACAGUCAGCCCCUGGAGACGGCCAUGUGAUGGAUCCGUGCUAAUCGCUCAUUUGACAUUCUACGAUCUCUACGGAGCUGACCGAAACCCCAACGCAAAGAAGUAUUUUGGCCAGACCUGCCUAGAGUUCCAACCACCACUGCUUCGUAGCUUAAGUUUAUACUUUUUAAAUCCGAGAUUACGAUAGAGAGAUACGAAAAUACGAACACUCCCGCUCGUUGCUUAGUUUGUGGUAAACUUAGAUCAUUCCAUCCAUUAGCCUAAGACUAGAUUAAAUAUUGCCUAAGCGAACGCAUAAAACGAAUUAGUCCUAACUUGUUGUAUAUAACAAUAAAUUAAAUUAAAUCUGAA